AUGAGGAGGAGCCAGACUUUGAUCAGGUCUGCUUUUGUCUUGCUCUUGACUCUUCUUUUCUUCAGCAUGCCCCUUCGCAUGCGUGGCGACCGCGCAUCUAGCUGGCCUCACGUGCACAUCGAGUGCGUCCAACAGGUGCUCGAGGGCAUCUCACAAGCCACCAACCAGCGCCGGCAAAGCCUUCAGGGCUCACCUAAUCGGGGUCGCGUGGAACAGCUCAAGCGCAGCAUGAGCGUCCGAACAAUUGUGGAUGCCGAAUACCAGCGCGAGCGCGACACAGUCGAAGACACAGUCCUUAGUAGUCGAGCCUCACACAUCAACCUCGAACAGGAUGCAGGUCCUCCUGCCAAACGCGCCAAGCCCACGAGCAUCGCACCCAUGCCUUCGCCCGUCCUCUCGGGUGGUGCACCAACAGGGGGUCCCCCGUACCGCGCUCAGCCAGCCCCCUUGCACACGUCGGUGCAUCACGAUUUGGGUGGCAAGGCGCCAAGGCUCAUGUUUAUGCACUUGCUCUUGUUCCCAGCUCCAACGGUACCGCGCUCUCCAAGCACGCUACGAAAACGCCAACAUGACCUCGACAGUGGCAUGCUCUCCGACUCGCAAGUAUCCGAUAGCGGCUGGGAGCCUGGACGUUCCUCAUCACCCGUGUCUGUUGCCACGACCCCUGACACGCGAGGUCAACACCAGGCGUCGCCUUUCUUGGCACCGUUCGAUCCCAUGCAGCAGCUCUUGGCGCAAUCACCGCUGUUCCAGGGUGGACGGCCCCCGCCCAUGGGGCUGCCCCAGUUUCUGGCCGUGGAUAGCCCGACGUCAGACGCUGCGGCCAUGCCAAACGUCAGCCACAUACCCGUGCCGCUGAGCGCGGAGGCAGUUCCGGCCGAAUUGGGGGAUGCGCCGUGUCGAGAUGUCGCGGGCACGGGUCUGCUGUCCAUGACACCCAUGGUGCCGGUCACUACCCUGGCGGCAAGUGCUGUCCCCCAAAUGAGAACGAUCGCGCCUGAUGCACCGGCGGGGCCAGAGGCGCUGUUGCUGACGCCCAACCAGCGGGCAGCGCUGGGAGUACCUGCUGCGGCUUUCCGCGCGGCCCGGCCCCUGGGACGGCGGGCCGAGCUCUUUGAUGGGGCUUACGAGAGUGACCGAACCGGUGAAGAGUCGGAGGAGCGUGAGGCGGACGUGAGUGGAGACUUGGGAUCGGACAUGUUAGAGGCUGAAGAUGACGAAGCCCCGAGUGUCAUCACGAGCACGGCUACGAGCACGGCGCCGGCGCCGGCUCUGGCUCUCGCCUCGGCACGGCCCUGUCGAUCCCUCAUGGACUAUAAUCGUGCUUCCCAGCCAUGGCGCGCCGAGGCCUUUCUGCCCACGUCCGUCCAGCUUUCGUCACGCUCGUCUUUGCAGAGUGUGCUUUCAGAUGAGAUGGAUGAAGGCAACCGGCCGCGAUCCGCCUCCCUAGCCAGCGAUGCCGAGGGUCCAGGACCCGAGGCGCCAUCAUGA